ACCGAAACGAAACUACAAACGCAAAAGUACACCAGUCAAAGUCAAUGAUGAAAUGGAGCCAAAGAGUGAUGCGAAUGUUGGUCUCGAUAUCUCACCCGACAGCACAACGAUUCCGGCUAAACGAAUGCGAUUCCAAUCGAUUGAGAUCAAAGACAGUGACGACGAAUCAACAAACAUACCCGAGCCCCCACAAAAUACUGAAGAACAGUUCAAUUCGCUAUUCGGUGGUCCAUCUUGUUUCAAAGGUCAAGUCCAACCAAAUGCCAACGCACUGCAUAAAAAUCUGUUGAGCAAGGUCAAGAUCAAGAAGGAACGUUCCAACUCAUCCGAUCACAUCACCUACAUAUUGUCAGACAGCGAUUGAAUUUGAGAACCAGUCGAAACGAGCCAAAAUUGAACAUUUUGUCGGGUUUAUUCAAAUGAACUCAAAACACCACAUAAUGUGGAAUAUUUUUUUUCAUUUAUUUUGUGAAAAUUUUAACCUUUGCAAAAGAAAAAAAGGUUUUAAAAAGACAAUUUCAACACUUUCCCGAAGUGGAAAUUAGCUUAUUAGCCGUUUUGAGCGUUUCAAUAGAAAUGAUGCAUGUAAAUGCACUUAGAAUCUAAUUCUUCAUCGAUGUGAUCAUUUUUCGAUUUUUCAGUUGAUAAAAAUCCAGAAUAUGGAGUUUUUGGCGAGAAAAAAAUUAAAUUUCGAUGCAAAAGAAUUUUUUUCACACAAAAAAUCAUCGAUUGAUGCAAAAAUGAAAUUUUCCGAGCGAAAAAUAGAAUUUUUUUUUAAGGAAAACCAUUUGUUUUGGGGGAAAAACAAUUUUUAUUCAAGAAAAAAAAUUCAAACGAAAACGAAUUGGUUUUCAAGACAAAAUAAAAAUGUUCAAAUGAAAAAUAAAAAAAAAACGAAUUUCGAGAGAAAAGAAAUGGAUUUUCUAGACGGAAAAAUAACUCUUUUAUGAAAUAAAAUAAAUUUUUAGAACAAAAAUGAUCAUUUUUGAGGCAAAAAAAAGUAAAAUUGAAGCAAAUGACACAAAUGUUAUUCAAAUAAAUCAGAGUUAAAAAUUCCAAUGGAGAAUUGAUUUUUUUUUCAAAAGACACGCUUCAUCGAAGACAACGAAGACAUUUCUUGAAAAUUCUUUUGAAAUAAAGUAAACAAAAGCAGAAAAUGGAAAUUAAUUUGCCAGAAAAUUUGAUUUUUUUCGGUAGAUUUUUUUUUAGUUUCAAAAAUUCGAAUUUCAAUAAAAGCAACGUUUUUUUUUUUUCAAUUAAAAACCUACCUUUACUUACUGUCCUGUUUUGUUAGAACAUCAAUUCAGAGUCUAGAUUCUAGACAUCAAUUUAAAGAAGGUAAUGAAUGAUAAUGAAUAAUCAUUGAACAUCGAGCGUUUUAUGGAGGAAAAUAAAAUGUCAAUAUACAUACUUUACAAUAAUUUUCAACUCAUUUAAGUCCCUUUUUU